AUGGUGGGACCUCCCGACACGAGACGACGGGACAAGCGGUGUGAAUAUCACAAAGAUCACGGUCAUGAUACGGACAACUGUUAUGCUCUGAAAGACCACCUUGAGGAAUUGGCCCAAGAUGGUCGACUCCAGCAACAUGUCCAAAAAAACGCAAUCAAAACAGUUGCCAUUCGACAGGAUUCACCUCCGCUCGGCAUCAUUCAUAUGAUAUACGGCCUUCCAACGCCACUUGCCACACACGCAAUUCAGUCAGCCCCCCAGAAGCAACGUACACCAUCGAAGCAGCCCCACGAAGCUCCGAGUAUUGUUUUCGACGAUUCCGAUCUUAUCGGCGUAACACUCCCCCAUAGUGACCCAUUGGUCAUUGAGCUACACGUGAGUCGAUCUAUCGUUGAGCACGUCCUCAUAGACCAAGGGAGCACUUCGGAAGUUAUGUAUUACGAAACCUUUAUCAAACUCGACUUCAACGAAUCAGACCUGUCUCCAGUUCCUCAUCCUUUGUUCGGCUUCAACGCAAAUCUAGAGUACCCGUUGGGGAAAAUCUCACUGCCCGUUCGAGCAGGCUCUCAAACAAUAGAUGUAGAGUUCUUGGUCAUCAAGCUCUCAUCGCCAUAUAAUCUUAUCAUGGGGCGAACUUGGUUGCAUGCUAUUCAAGACGUGCCAAGCACCUACCAUCAGCUGCUGCAUUUCCCGACCGUACACGGCAUUGAGCAAAUCCAUGGUUCACGGCAAUCCACACAAACAUGUUAUCUCCUUUCUGGAAAGACGCCUGCGAAGUCGCAGGCCAACUCCUCCAAAGUGCCAAAUCGAAACAUCCUCAACGAUGUCGGACAACUCCAUAGCGAAAAGCCACAAUAA